AUGUCCGAUUCGGCCUCCACCGACGAUGGAGGCAUUCCCGAUCGUGGGCCGGUAGUCUUCGCCGUCACUACGGCCACUCUCGUCCUCGCUACAGUCUUCGUCGUAGCACGAAUCGUCUCGCGGACCUUCAUUGUUAGGAAUGUCACCUGGGAUGACCGCGUCAUGAUCCUCGCAUGGCUCUUCGCCUUCUUCCUCUCAUUCACCAUCUGCUUCGGCGUUCACAAUGGCCUAGGACGACACGACAUAAACAUCGACCCGAACCGCUUACCCGCCCUUCGCCGAUGCGAAUAUGUCUUUUCCAUCCUGUACAAUCCAGCGUUGAUGGCCACCAAAACCUCCGUGCUCAUAUUCUACCUCCGAUUAGCCAAGCACACCCAAAGAGUGCUUCGAUUCGCCUCUUGGUUGACACUUGCGGUCGUCAAUAUUGCUGGUGUUAUUCUCACCUUCAUGAAUGUUUUCCAAUGCCGCCCGACCCAAGCCGCCUGGGAUGUUAAUUAUGACGAACGCGCGAAAUGUAUACCACUACUUACCGAGUUUAUAUGUUCUUCACCCGUCAACAUCGUCACGGACCUGGCCAUUCUCGCGCUACCUAUACCUGUCCUCACCGGCAUGCGCCUCCCUUCUCGCCAGAAAACAAUUCUGGUCCUUACCUUCACCGUUGGAAUAUUCGUUACUGUUGUCGAUGUGGUCAGAAUCUACUACCUUCAGCAAGCCAUCACAGCACCAACCAGUACAACUGCCGAUCCCCAGUCUCGAUUUGGUGGCCAGACCGACUUUGCCUGGAACGCUUCGCGAUCGCUCAUGUGGAGCGCUGUUGAGGUUAACGUCGGUAUGAUGUGCGCCUGCGUCCCGACUUUGAAGCCUCUGGUCCUCAAGCUGCUCCCCUCCAUGCUCUACGACCCCAAUGGAACCCGCGCCAGUACACCCAAGGGCCCCAACGAUUCAGAUACGCCUUCAACAGGCCACCGCGCCAGUAUUCAGCAGCCCCCUCCUGUCGCGCAAACCGGCGCACAGCCUCUCAAUGCCAAUGCUCCCAUGAGCGCGAUGGAAUUCUUGACGACACCUUUCGAUGAGCCAGACCCAACUCGUCCUGCGCAACGUGGGUACCAGAGCAAUGGGACCUUUCAAACAUCGACAACUAUGACGUCUUCAACAGGAACUGUCGAGGGUGUUUAUUUUGGCUUUGUCAACAUGACAAAACCUAAAAGUAUGCUCAAAUGCAACAAGAAGCAGUCCUUCAAAUACUGCACAAUUGUGUCCAUCUUGUUUCUGUUAUGGGGAAUAUCAUACGGCCUGCUCAAUACUUUAAACAAUGUCAUUGCGAAAGUCGACAAUAUGACCACGGCUGAAACACUUGGCAUGACGUCUGUAUACUUUGGAGGCGGUUACUUCUUUGGGCCCCUGCUAGUGGGCGAAUGGAUUCUUCGGCGCGACGAACACAACCGAUCGAGGCGGCACAAGGCCAAUGGCCACGACAGCGUUGGUGGCUUCAAAGUUACUUUUAUCGUCGGGCUAUGCUUUUAUGGGAUUGGAACUGUCAUCUUCUGGCCCUCGGCUGUUACCCAAUCAUACGCCGGAUUCAUGCUCAGCAACUUCGUUGUCGGGUUUGGUCUAUCAAUUCUAGAGGUUGGCGCAAAUGCAUUCCUAAUACUUUGCGGCCCCCCCGAAUACGGCGAGACUCGCGUGCUCAUGGCGCAAGGUAUCCAGGGCACUGGCAGUGUUCUUAGCGGCCUGCUGGCCCAGAAGGUCUUCUUCAAGGGUAUUGUGGAACAGAGCAACGCGACCAGCAUGACACUUAUCAACGUGCAAUGGACGUAUCUAGGAAUCACACUCCUGUGUGUUGCCCUCGGGCUCUUCUUCUACUACAUGCCACUUCCCGAAGUGAGUGACCGUGAGCUUGAGCAAUCCGCCAAGCAUCUUCCUAUGGAUCCUCAGAAGAAAAGAGGCGGUCUACAGCUUCGCACAUGGAGUCUUAUCCUCGCCGUUGUUGCUCAAUACACAUACGUGGCUGCCCAGGAGUGUUUCAGCAUCUACUUCCGCAGCCUCAUGAUAUCCAUACUCCCCAACACACCCAACACCGGCGAGCAAGCAACCGAAGGUGCAGGCGACAUUCCCAACCCCGAUAAACCACCUGGCAUCGCACUCUCAAUACCUGAUUAUCUCCUCAUCGCGCAUACCGCCUUUGCCGUGUCCCGCUUCAUGGCAGCUGGCCUUGCAUAUCUCUCUGUAUAUCGUUCCCGCUUCCCACGACCCCGUACUAUCCUCACCGCCUGCAUCGCUGGCUGCUUCGUCUUUGCCCUUCUUCCUGUGGUUGUCCGUCCACCCAACCCUAACCUUCUUGUCAUACCCAUUGUUCUCUUUUACUUCUUCGAGGGCCCUAUAUAUCCUCUUAUUUUUGCCAUUGGUCUUCGCGGCCAAGGCCGACGCACCAAGCGUGCUGCCGCCUUUAUCACUAUGGGUAGUUCCGGCCCCGGAUUCUUCCCCUUUGUCAUGUACGGCAUAAUUAAGCACGGAGGCACCGUCAGAACGGCUUUCGUCGUCGUCAUUGUCCUCCAGGCUGUUUGCAUGUCCUACUCGGUCUUUCUCCAAUUUAUCAGCGACGCCAAGCAACUCGUCGAUCCUUGCCCUGCGGUGCGUGAUGCCCUCAGACAGCCGGAUGAAGAGAUGCCGUCGCCCAUGGAGACAGCGAUUGCUGGGAGAGCGCGCCGACAAAGCACGAUGAAGGAGAAGUCUCAGGGGUUCUUGGAUAAGGUGUCACAUGGAACCAAGGUUAUAAGUGCCAGGUUCCUCAGUACUCGGCGCCGGUCUUCACAACCCUCGAUCCACCAAUGCGAAGAUAGUCGCGAUAAUGCGGUGUCAUAA